UGUCAAUCGUGAAUUAUGGCUGUCAGGAUGCGGGAUGUGGGUGCGGGCCACGUUGAUUUCCUCUCGAGUCCUGAGGGACUGAUAAUGCUCUCGUUGGACAUGAGUUCCUGCAUCCCCUCAGAGGGAGCGGUACUCGGCCAUAAAAGCAAGCUGAUGCCUCUCCGCCUUCAAGCCAGUACAAAGCAUUGGUCUCGUUCUCGAGGAGGAUUUUCCAGAUUGCCUACGAUCUCAAGCCUGUACUUGUUGCUCUUGCUGUCAUAUCCACACACACCUCGAACAUGUCUGUUCACCACUCUCACCGUCUAUGUACAGAUUCUGCUGCUGAUGGCUCAGCCAAGGACACAUCCACGAAAACCUCGUCUUCUGCUAAGCAGACUGGAGCUGCACGCAGCAACUAUGCUACAUAUACCCCUUUUACUGCAGAGAAGAACGAAUUAGCCCAGCGGCGUCUCGAGAUGUACCUAGCAGACACCACCAACUACCAAGUCUUCCCUCAUCGUAUUUCUUGGAGUGAAGUCAGGCAGACUCGUGCAAAUGGUAUCAGGCAUUGUCUUGAUGAGUUCGAAGUCAAGAUGAAGGAAGGUAGUAGGAGCUCCACUCGGAAUUGA